CGUCUUUGAUCAAAACAAAAGGCUUAAUUGCACCGACUAACGUUAUCCUCCAAGCAAAAACACCAAACCCACCAUGGAGCCGGUCCGUCCUUUGACCGACUUCCCUCCUUCCAUGUGGGGUGAUCGCUUCUUAUUAUUCUCUCUUGACAAUUCACAAUUGGAAGCACUUGCUAAGGCUAUGGAGGAGCCUAAAGAACAACUGAGAAGAUUGAUAAUCGACCAAACUAUUGACUCAACCAAGAAACUGAGUUUGAUUUAUUACGUGUAUCGUCUUGUCUUGAGUUAUCAUUUCAUGGAAGACAUCGAUGGCCAACUUGAUAAACUUUUCAAAGAGCUGAACUUGCAAGAUUACCAUGAAGCAGAUCUUUAUACAAUUUCUAUUCACUUUCAAGUUUUCAGAAGCCAUGGUUACAAACUAUCUUCUGAUGUGUUUAAAAAAUUCAAGGAUUGUAGUUCCGGUGCAUUCAAAGAAGACAUGAUUACUGAUGUGAGGGUCAUGCUAAGUUUCUAUGAGUGCACGCAGUUGAGAAUAAGAGGAGAGUCUAUUUUAGAGGAGGCAUUUGUUUUCACAGAAGCUCAACUUAAGAGUGUUGAAAAUACACUCGAAGAUGAAUGCUCCACGUACGACUCACUACUAAACCUUGCUAAGGUGCACUUCAAGUACCUACAACUCUUACAGAAGGAAGAACUUCGAAUUAUCUCACAAAUGAUAGAUAUCACAUAUAGAUACGAUGAUGGGUACACGUUUCCAGAAAAUACCUUUAAAGAGUAUAUUACACUCUUGUUCCUUGAUUAA